GUAUCCAGUACAGGCUUGCUUGCUAGAGACAGAGCAAGUUGGACGAUAAAAACAGAACAAGACAAAGGGCACAAUGUGGUGUCGCAGGCUGGCAGGUUUUUAUCCAGUUGCAAAAGCACUGCAAACACAUGUGGUCAGAAAACAGGUUUUAAGGUCAUCCAUCUUCCAUAAGAAUGUUACAUCUGUACCUCGCUGGUUCAGUACAGCAACAGAGGUUAAUGUCUGCUCUUGGGUUCUUCACAAGGAUCACCUUGAGGUAUUUUAUUCUGGAACUUGUAUGCGCUUUAAUUAUGUGUGGUUGCGUGAUCACUGCCGGUCAGCUUCCUGUUUCAAUGCCAAAACCAACCAACGUAGCCUGGACACGGCCAGCGUGGAUCUUGAUAUCCAACCUGCUCAGGUGCGGACGGAUGAGACCACUCUAUACCUCACUUGGCCAGAUGGUCACAUUACCAGAUAUGGACUAGAAUGGUUGGUGCAAAAUAGCUACGAAGGUCAGCAGCAACAGCUAGUCCAGCCUCGGAUACUGUGGAAUGAAAGGAUCUACAAGGAGGCAAAUGUCCCCUCUGUUAGUUAUUUAGAAUUUCUGGAAACAAAUGAGGGGCUGAGAAAUUUCCUGCACAAUUUCUUGCUGUAUGGCAUAGCUUUUGUUGAUGAUGUUCCAGCAACCCGGGAGGAUACAGAAAGAAUAGCAGAGAGAAUUUGCCAUAUCAGGGAAACUAUCUAUGGUAAGAUGUGGGAUGUUACUUCUGACUUCUCACGUGAAGACACCGCUUACACCAAAUUAGCCCUGGAUUGUCACACAGAUACCACAUACUUCCAAGAACCUUGUGGUAUCAUACUAUUCCACUGUGUGCGGCAUGAGGGGACUGGGGGUCGCACUCUGUUAGUGGAUGGCUUCAAUGCAGCUGAUCAAGUCCGUCACCAACAUCCAAAUGAUUUCGAACUCCUCAGCAAUGUACCUCUGAAACAUGAAUAUAUCGAGAACAUAGCAGGAAAUAAUAAUCACAUGGUGGGGAUUGGUCCUGUGUUAAAUGUUUACCCAUGGAAUAAAGAGCUUUAUAUGAUUAGGUACAACAAUUACGAUCGGUCUGUGAUCAGCACCGUGCCUUAUGAUGCAGUACAGCAAUGGUAUAGUGCACAUCGUAAGUUGACCAAUGAACUGAGAAGGCCUGAGAAUGAAUUAUGGGUAAAAUUAAAACCAGGAAAGGUCUUGUUUGUUGAUAAUUGGAGGGUCUUGCAUGGAAGAGAGUCCUUCACAGGAUACAGGCAGCUUUCUGGCUGCUUUCUCUCCCGAGAUGAUGUCCUGAACACUUCCCGCUUACUUGGACUAAAGGCUUGAAGGCAUCACGACUCUAAAACUUACAUUCAGGCCAAAAUAAGCACACACAGGAAUUGGUCAUAGGAUUUUACAUUGAUAAUCAAUAAGGAAACCUGAUACUUAAAGCCUGCAAUACUUUCAUCAGGAAUACAGCAUAUUGCAGUGUAUCCAAUGAAUUAUUCACCUUAUAAUAUUUUUAAAUUGGCACAGCGUUUUAAGCUGCUCGAUUUUAAUAUAUAGAACUGCUGCGAAAAAAAAAAUAUUUUAGCUUUUUAAAAACAAUAUUGCAGAUAUUGACCAAAUCUGAAUUGCAAUUUAUUUUGUUGCUUUGUGCAGUCACCCCGUAGAGGGGUGUAAAGUGAGGGCUAGGUGAACUUGCUCUUUUUCUGUAUAGGUAAGCCACAUAGACUGUCAGCUAUCAGUAUAAUUUAUCUCAUAGGAAACAAUGUUAUGUACUUUUAGGCAUCUGGAAAUAGAUUGUUUAGCCUUGCAGUUAAGGACAAUAGUGCGGAUCUUUUUUCUUUAAUAGUGCGGCUCUUUUUUACUUUAUAUAUACACAGUAUAUAUAUAUAUAUAUAUAUAUAUAUAUAUAUAUAUUAACAUGGAAGAGAACACCCUAAAUUUGUAGCAACUUGCCUGGGUGCUUGUAAAUAAGGUAAAUAAAGUGACUUAGUACCGCACUGAACUGGAAUACUUGUGAACAAAUCAAAAUUUAUUGAAAAAAAUCAGACGUUUCAAACACCAACUGUACUCCAGUUGGUGUUCGAAACGUCGGCUUUUUUUCAAUAAAUCUUGAUUUGUUCACAAGUAUUCCCAUUGAGUGCGGUACUAAGUCACUUUAUAUAUAUAUAUAUAUAUAUAUAAACAAGGUAAAGUUGUGCUCACCACUAAUUUUUAAAACCAUUAGGUGGUGGUGCAAUGAGGCUGUGACCACAAAAUACAUAUAGACAAAUACAAGAUUCCUCUGCACUCAACCCAUUAUCAAUAUAUUUAAGACACUGAGACAUUUUGUGCAUACUGCUACUGAAAAAUGCCUUACCCUUUAAACAAAACAGGGAUUGUUUGUCCAUAUAUUUCAAUAUAUUUAAGCUGGCCAACUACGUCAAAGUCAUCCCAUAUCUGGCCAGUCUUAUGCUUAAUUUUCAUCUGAUUCAUUAAGAAUUCUAUUGCUUCAUUAUACAUUUUACAAAGGGACAAAGUUUUACCUGCAACUUACUUACUGCAACUUUUACCUCCCAAACUUGGCUGCCCUUUUAUUAGACACCAGUGGAAUCACCUGACUAUAGCUGGGAAGGGUGGGAGCUACAACGUGGAGCUCGUAUUUGUCUAUAUAUAUAUAUAUAUAUAUAUAUAUAUAUAUAUAUACACAUACAUAUAGGAUUAUUGAGAAGACGAACUCCAUUUUGUGAAAAAUUCAAAUGUCUUUUAUUGUGUAAAUAAAUCCGACGUUUCGGCCCCCAUUGGGGCCUUUUUCAAGGAUAAUGGUGUACAAACAGAAUGUGCUUUAUAUACCCACUCCCCCAGUUCAAACUUGGCACCAAAGAUGACGUCAUACAUUCCUAAAAUUCAAUCACCUACAACAUAAAUGCUUUUUACAUCACAAAAACAAUUAUUCUCUCUCACCACUAGGUGUCACUGGUUGUACUGCGUAUGAGUCCAUUGAACCAGCCAUAGAAUCUGUGAAAAUGCAUACAAGUUACAUAUUUAGUGCCAAAAAAUCAGUUACAUAAUGUUUAAAUGUUAUUAAACAAAAUUUGUUAAAAACAA